AGUUUGUUGUCAUUUUGCACAAAUAAUUUUUUCCUCAGAAAAUUUUCAUUAAAAUUGGGGAAAAAUGACGGAAAAUUCUCUGGCCACUGGCAAAAUUUGUCGCCUGUGCCUGGCAAAGGAGCAGGAAGUUUUCCUGGAGGAUAAUGUGUCCAAGGAGAUGAAGUAUUGGCAAGUUGUGACGAGUUUCACAAAUAUUGAGUAUUCAGUCCACGAUGGACUACCACAGCUAAUCUGUCGGAUGUGUGCGUCCCAGCUGUCGAAUAUUCACGUUUUCAAGCAACGCUGUGAGACAUCCCAUGAGACUCUCUUGGCAUCCCUUCCCAGCUCAAGUGCAGCUGUAAACUUCCUGGAUGAGGAGGAGGAGGAGAAGUAUUAUCCGGAAUUCAGCACAAUAAUCAUCAAGGAGGAUGAAUCCCUCAUUUCGGAUCACUUUGAUGACAGAGACAUCAUCAUAGAGAACGAAGUUGUGCCCGAUGAGGAGAUUGAGACCUUGCUGGAUGACAAGAAUCUCAUUGAGAAGGUGGAGACAAAGCUGGUGGAGACCGUGGCGAGGGUGAAGCCCAAGAAGGAGGAGUCAACAGAGCCAAAAGGAAAGCGAGUUCGUAGGAAAAAUUAUCAGUGCAAUGAAUGUGGUGUCCUCGUGGAGUCUCCGAGUAAAUUAGCUCGUCACCUGCGGAUUCAUGUGUUUGACAACCAGAAAGUCCUGCACAGCUCCAAGAUUGGCAAAGUCUUUUCGUGCAAGAACUGCGGCAUGGCCUUCCUCAAGACAAAGCAGCUGCGUAUCCAUCUUCUCAAUGGGCGAUGCAAAAGAAUGCCCGGUGUGCAAAAUUAUCCAAUUGACGAGGAUAGAGCCCUUCCGGAAAGUACCCAGCAGGAUACAGAUCCCGUGGAAGCAGCUGAAGAGAGCGGAAUGGGUAUUGUGGAGGCUUCAGAGGAACACCCACAGAGAUUUACAUGCUACAUCUGUUCCCAACUGUAUGACACCCUCGAUGGGCUGGAAGAGCACCUCAAAGACAUCCAUGGGCGCGUGGGGGAUCCCCUCUUCUGCUGCACACGAUGCUCCUUCACGCACGAGUCGGCGGAUGAGAUGAUUGAGCACUACCGCGUGAGUCAAUCAUGCGGCGAGGAGGCACGUUCCGGUGAGAAGGACAAUCGCUUCAGCUGUGAGAUCUGCAGCAAGCAAUUCCGCUAUAAAUCCUCCCUGAAGAAUCACAGUGUCUGCCACACGGGUGAGAAGCGCUUCGAGUGCGACAUCUGCUUCAAGCGCUUCACGCGAAAGGGAGAAAUCAUCAUCCACAAGCGAUUGCACUUUGACCUGAGGCCGUACGUGUGUCAGGAUUGCGGUAUGGCCUUCCGGAAGUCCAGUAAUCUCAUCAGGCACAGAGUAAUCCACACCGGGGAGGCAAACUACCAAUGCCACAUCUGCCUGCGACGCUUCAAAUGGCCCACAGCUCUCAAAUGUCACAUGAACUCCCACACAGGUGAAAAACCCUACAAGUGCAAGUACUGCCCGAAGGCCUACACCAGCAAUAGUGGUCUCAUCAAGCACUACGCCAAUCAUCCGGACAUUGAGGGCGAGGUGGAGGUUUACUGGAAAGCUCCUAAGAUUUAUUUUAGCUAUUGGAAGAAUCAUUGGAAGGUUUAUUUUUAUUUGAUCAAUUUCAACAAUUUUAAAAUAGUUUUUUUUCGUGGAAAAAUGUCCUUUUCUGAUAAGAAAGUUUGCCGACUUUGCCUGACAAAGGAACAGGAAGUCCAUCUGAGUGAUAAUGCAAUAAAAACAAAGAAAUACUGGCAGAUUUUCAAUGAAUUCACCAACAUUAAGUAUUCACCUUACGAUGGAUUACCACAAUCAAUGUGCAGGAUGUGCGCGUCACAGCUAACGAAUUUUCACAUUUUCAAGGAGCGCUGCUUGGCCUCCCAUAAAACUCUCACGGAAACAUUGGAGGAAGUUGAGGAGAAAUAUCAUCCGGAAGCGAAUACGUUCGUCUUCAGUGAUGUGUUGGUCAAGGAGGACGAGAGUAUGGCUUCAGAUUACGAUGAUGGUGGAGAUUUCUUAGUUGAAGACGUCAAGGUGGAGGUGGAAGAGACAAAAGUGAAGCUGGAAAAGAAAUCAGAGCCAGGAAGUAGUGGCAAAAAGAGGAUUCGCACGAAACCCUACAAAUGCAUACAGUGUGGAGUGCACAUUGAGUCUCCCAGCAAAUUAAUUCGUCACCUCCGGAUGCAUCUGGUUGAGAACUCCACGGUCCAGCACACGGGGAAACUUGGGAAGGUGUUCUCAUGCAAAUGCUGCGGUGUGGCUUUCCUCAAGGUUAAUCAUCUACGCAUCCAUGUCCUCGGUGGGCGUUGCAAAAAAAUGCCCGGAGCUGAGAAUUUAAUUGGGGAAGAGAUUCAACCGCAACUGGAUGGUCCGGAUGAGGUGCUGGAUGGCUACAAAUGCUUCGUAUGCCCUGAAAUCCACACUAGCUUGGAAAUUCUAAAAGAUCACCUGGUGGAGGCGCACAAGAGACUCCAGGAUGCCCCAUUCAGCUGCAUUAGAUGCUCCUUCACGCACUCCUUUCCGGACGAUAUGAUUUUGCACUAUCGUAGCAGCAAAUCUUGCGACACAAUGGCGCGGUAUGGAGAGAAGGAAACCCACCAUACGUGCGACGUCUGUGGCAAACACUUCCGCUAUCGAUGCGACAUCAAGAAACACAUCCUGUGCCACAGCACAGAGAAGCGGGAGAAGCUCUUUGAAUGUGACAUCUGCCACAAGCGCUUCACACGGAAGUCCGAGAUUAAUGUCCACAAGAGAUCCCAUUUCAACAUUAGACCCUUCAUGUGUCAGGAUUGUGGAGCACGAUUCUGCAGGAGUAGCAACCUCCAGGCACACAGAUUAUCUCACACCGGGGAAGCCAAGUAUGUGUGUGAUGUGUGCCAGAAGCGUUUCAAGAGGAAGUCUGAUCUCAAUAUGCACAUGAAUUCCCACACUGGCAAUCGCCCCUUCAAAUGCAAAUUCUGCCCAAAGACCUACACCAGCAAUGGGGGGCUCAACAAGCACUAUGCGCAUCAUCCGGACAGGAAAAGGAUCAGUAGACGUGUUGAGCCGGUUUGCAGGUAGAAUGUAUAUAAAUGCAAAGUAAAAUAUAACGGUAAAAUAAAAA